AUGGAAAAGUCCAGGAAUUACCAGUUACUCCAGCAUGCUGCCUUAGCUGCUUUAAAUGCUACUGUUCUCGAAGAGAUGCCACCUUUCCCAGAAAGAGAGUCUGGUAUACUUGCCAAGCUCAAAUCAAAAAAACCGCAACCGGAGCUCGCCCCUGGUUCAAUUAUUGCCAGAACCCAUCGGCGUUCAAUUGCAGGUGCCAAUUCCCCUGCAAAUCAGGCAAGUUGUGAAUAA